GAGAAUAAUUUUUCACUAGACAAAGUAGCUGGCCGGUAGUGAGUUAAGUAAGUGCCUCAGUUUAGUCAGUCAUCUGCCUCAAAUUUGUAGAGCUUCAGUUUAUCCCAUUAUGGGAAACUGUCUAAAAAGCUCCGGGCAAGACGAUAUAUCUCUUUUACACGAUGAAGAAAGCGCAGACUCCCCAACAACAGGCGAACCACCACCGCCAUAUCAGGAGGAAGCGCCAAUCUUUAUACAAAGUCAACAUGCUCCUCAUCUCCUAUCUGAAGAACAGCAGAUUCGUUUGGCUCAGCGUUUAGGCUUGAUUCAACAUCUUCCAGUCGGAAAAUACGAUGGAUCGAAAGGAAAAAAGAGAGAGUGUGUUAUUUGCAUGACAGACUUUGCCAUGGGGGAUCCAAUACGGUUUCUUCCUUGUAUGCACAUAUAUCACAAAGACUGUAUAGAGGAUUGGCUGGUGAGAUCAUUCACCUGUCCUUCAUGUAUGGAACCUGUAGAAGCAGCUUUAUUGUCAACAUACUAUGAAGCAUCAACAGAAUAACAACAAUGUAAUUAUGUCUUUGAAGAGACAAAUGAUAGACAUUUUUUCUAAUGCCUCUUUUUACAAAAACAUUGGACUGAUGGAACAAAUGGAACCAUGUUCCUGUAAAUCAAUCUGGUGUUUUCCAGAGGAUUCAAGAAAGUAAUUCCUUUUCAGAUAGUAGCUUACUAAGGUGCUAUUUAGUAUUAUUUUGAAGGUUUAAAAGGUAACACUAUUUCAUGUUCAAAGAGACAUGGCCCCAUACAAUAUUUCUGCUGUUUCUUUUUGUUUGUAUGUUUUUAAUUUGGAGUUAUUAGAAUUUCCUUCCCAUACUUGCUGUUAUAAAAAAUUCAUCUUUUUUCUUUACACAUGGGAACAAUGUCUUCAUCUAAUAGUAGCUGUACAUUUUUCAUUUAGGUAAUUUUCUUUGUCUUUCGACACUCCAAAAACUGUACAGAUGAGAUCUUUUCAUUCUCUUUCAAAUCUUAUGCUAUUUUUGACCUGAAAGAACUCAGCCAAAUUAUGCAUCAAUGUAGAAGAAUAAGUUGAUCCUUUGUAAGUUUUAACCUUCUGUCAUUACCAGAUUAUGUUUCAGUCAAGAUGCAGUUAGGAAGCUGGAUUGAGAGUGUAGUCAAAGUGAGGUCUUUUGCCUGUCAUCUUUAAUUUUGAGUGUGUGAAUCCAGCUUAUUUUGUUGUUAGCACAAUUGGAUUAGUGGGUAUUAAUGAUAAUAAUAAUAAUAUUCAUUGAGAGAACCCAGCUUGCCAAGGUGGUUUCCUUCAGGGUCCUCAAACAUGUUAACUUGUACUCUGGGAAACUUCUCUUUUACAACUGCAUGCUUAGAGCUAUGGUGUCACAAGCAGAAGUUACCACAGAUCUUUCAUAGUACUAUCCACGUGUAAGUUUUCUAUAUUAAGUAAAACUUGAAGCUUCACUAUCACCUACUUGGUCAGGAAUGCAUAGUACAGACAAAAUCACGCCUCUCAGUCAGUAUUUUACUAUGACCACUUUGUUGUGAAGACCUGUCUUUUCUCCCCUAAUCAAAUGGAAAGCCCUGUAAUUUUCAUAUCAGAAGUCUUAAUUUUUUCCAGACACAUUCUUCAAAACUGCAGUGGGCAUCUAAUGCACAGGUGUUGGUAUAACUUCUGAUGCCCUACUUAAUUCCAUAACCCUAUUUCUAAGAGUAGUCAUUGUUAAUUUUCCUUUUCUGAUUUUUAACAAGAAAAAUUGACUGCUUUCCUUUUCCUGUAAAGUUUAUAAUUGACCAAAGCUUGCAUGUGGAAAAUUUGCAAUGCUUAAACAACAAUCUUUUCUUUCAAAGAUGCCACUGUUAUUUUGUACAUAAAAAUAAAUGUUGUUCAUGUUUUUAUUAUUUUUAUUAUUGUUACUAUUACUAUUAUUAUUUAAUGGCAACUGCACUAAACUUGUGGUUACCAUAAUUUCAAGGUUGAGUCUUUUGAACAGUCUAAAUAGCUUAAAAUUAAUUGUCUAAUUUUUAUUAUAGAUAUAGAUAACAAACCAUGUACAUGAUUCCUCUUUUGAGUAAAGCUGUUUUGUAUAUAGCCAACUUCUAUGAAUAAGUUAAU